UUUUUAUUUCUUUUUCCCCCGGACGCUUCCUUUCCCUGCCCCCCCAAACGGGCUCCUUUUCUCUUCUCGAAUCCUUCAGCCCCAUGAUUCCGGCGGCCCGGCUUGUCUUGCCAGGCUGCGAAAUGCCCCUUCUUUCUAAACUAUCGCCGCCCUAAGAAACUCUGCUGUUUCUCACUAGGGACUAGCCACUUGGGUUCCCCAACCUCGGUCUCACCCGGAAUUCUCAAAUUAGCUCUCCCUCUAUAAAUUGGGUGGCCCGAUUCACUCGAACCGCCGUCCAGUGCUUUGCCUUUAUUGGCGUAACUUCUGGCAGGGGAAUCACUUGUGUGGAGUGUUGGGAUUGCCGGCGGUUUAGGGAGCGCCUCGCCUAAGAAGAAGAGUAAAGAGAUCCCGAGACGGUCUCCUUUUUCGGGAGGCGGCUCCGUGGACAGCCCCGCACUUUUCUUCGGAAGUGCCAGCCAGCCAGCCUGGGAGAGCCUCGCCUCGGAGAUGGUUUACUGCGAGAUACUCGGGGGCUGUGGAUUAUGGGAGUUGCCGCCCUGCAGGCCCGGAGGAUCGCAGGUCGAGGGUUUCUUUAAAUGAAUAAGAGCAUGGAAAUGGCAACUGUACUUUGUAACAGAGCUAGACUGGUGACAUACCUGCCUGGAUUUUAUUCUUUGGUUAGAAGGGUUAUAACUCCCAAGACUUUUUCCACAGCAGGAUCCUCUGGCUCAGAUGAGCCUUCUGUUGCUGCUGCACCUCCUGACAUAUGUCCAAAAACUGUGUGGCCAGAUGAAGUGAUGGGACCUUUUGGCCCCCAGGACCAAAGAUUUCAACUACCUGGUAAUAUAGGUUUUGACUGCCACCUAAGUGGGACGGCACUUCAGAAGACGAGACAGGUUCAUAAAAAAAUGCCUGAUCUACUAAUGGAACCCUUGGCAAGUGAAAGGCAUGAAUUUGUGAUGGCCCAGUACGUCAACGAGUUCCAGGGUAAUAAUGCUGUUCAUAAACAAGACAUUGCAGACGCCAAAAGUUACUUUGAAACUGCCAAAGUAGAAUGUGCGAUACAAGCAUGCCCAGAACUGUUGCGCAAAGAUUUUGAGUCUAUGUUUCCAGAUGUGGUUUCCAAUAAUAUAACAGUACUAACAGUAACGCAAAAAACUGUAAAUGAUAUGACUGGAUGGAGCGAAGAGGUAGAAAAUGAGCGAGAAGGCCUCAUUGAAAAUUUUAUCAACGGUGCUAAGGAAAUUUGCUGCGCUUUGUCUUCUGAAGGUUACUGGGCAGACUUUAUUGAUCCGACAUCAGGAUUAGCAUUCUUUGGCCCUUACACAAACAACACUCUUUUUGAAACUGAUGAACGCUAUCACCAGUUAGGAUUUCUUGUGGAAGACCUAGGCUGCUGUAAAGUUAUUCGGCAUAAUCUAUGGGGAACUCACGUUCUAGUUGGAAGCAUAUUUACCAACGCUACCCCUGACAGCCCUAUCAUGAAGAAACUGCGUGGGAAUUAAUAGCACCUUUUCACUAGAAGUUGGUUAAUAAACAUUGUUAGCAGUAGAUAGAUUAAGUAAUGCUGAUUUAUAGAUAGGAAAAGUUCUAUUAUUUAUUCUAGGUUUUGUAGUGUAUGAUUUAUAUACUAAUGCAACAUUUUAUUUUUGAGAUCACAUGUGCGUGCAUGCACACACAUACAUAUGUCUCUGAAAUCCUGAGCUCAUUCAUGGAAAUGAAAUGAAACACCCUCAGCAAUUUUAUUUGAGAGUACAGAUCCUCAACACUCUCACCUUUGGUUACACAUCUUCGGUUAUAACCUUGAAGAAGAAAAUGUGGUUGCACAAUUGUCUCAGUUAAAAAAAAAACUAUCUCAACUAUCUUCAUUUUUACCAGAACCAGUAUUAUAUGUUGUUUGAAUAUUACCAAAAUAGCUCAGCUGGAUUAUUGAAAAAUUGUGAUCCACUUGGAUUUCUUGCAACUGAUGAUAAAACAUAAAGCAGCACAACACUACUGUGUGUUAGGAUGCAAAGUCUGAGGUGCAAUUCAACCUCUUGAAUCUAGCUUGCCACAUUGUGGCUCGCUUCUUGAAAUACAAGUAUACCUUGAAUUCUUUUAGCAAAUAAUUAUCAUCUCUUGAGACAUUACAGGAGGUCACAGAUAGCUGUUUCGUUUCUCUAACUACACGGUAGAUUGCAUUGCCUGAUGCAUCAGUUUAUAUUGAAUAUCUUUAGUAGUAGGGUGUCUCAGGUUAACAUUCCUUAGCUGGAUUUGGGUGGUUGUAUCAGUUGACUACAACAGCUGUCAGUGAGCUGCUACAACAAUUCAUGGUUACAUUGAUGUGCAACAUGGCUGGAGAGUAAUGUAUGGUAUUGAUCUUCGUAUAUGUUCUGUCCCCCUCCUCAGUCCGGGAGACACGAGUGAUGGCUUAAUUAGCAGGCAACUAUCAGCUCUGGCAGCAAACUAGCGAGCAUCUGCCAAGUGUCUCUGUUAUCUCUCUUGUUGCCAAUGAGUCAACCAGGAAACCAGGAACAAACAGGACUUCAGCUCUAAUUAUCUCCCUCUAAGCAGUUGAUUUGGUUGCCACGAAGUGGUGUAGCACCCCUUGCUGCUUUUAUAUCCUGUGGGGUAUGGCUCCAUGACUCAGCACUUCCUAGGCCUGCCCCACCCCUGCUUCUGUUGUUCCCACCUCUCCUGCCUACGAAACCUAGGGUCCAGCCAGGCCUGAUUGCCAUCAGCCGGGUCUGGAGGCGUGGCCUGGGGGGGGAAGAGUCAGGGGAUGGAGGCCUCGUUAUCUCCUCCACCUGGCCUGCCUCUGGCUCCUGGAGCUGAGCCAGGGAAGCCGGUGCUCCAGAGGUAAGUCCUGAUGGCCCUUCUCCCUCACUUUCCGAGUCACUUUCUGGCAGGGGGCCCGGCUCGGGGGCGCAGACAUAACAGUAUAUGUGUAAAUGUAUCUUUUGAAAUUUUUUCUUUGUGAUUUUGUUUACAAUAGUUGAAGAUGCUACAUACGAACAAACACUUCUAUAGGCUAAAGCUUGGUUUAUGGAUGCUGUAAAAUAAGAAAAUGGUAAAUUAUCUGAUUGGGCUGGGCAUUUUAUAUUGAAAAUGACGAUUAAAAUGUUUUAAAUGCAUCUACUGUAUGGAACAGCAAGCAACAUCCACUUACGCGGCAGAUCUUUCCUGCCUGACUUCCUUCGACACCUUCGAAGAGUGAAACUAGAUUGAGGUAGUUUGUUCACUGUUGGAGGCCAUUCCAAUAAUGGGGUGAAGAAAUCUUUCUUGUGCCCACUUGGUUAAGGAGUAAAAACAAAUCGGAAAAUAGAAUUUGUUUCCGUGAAAUUCUUACAUGGGAAGAUUUUAAUUUUCUGUCAGACCACUCAACUGGCAGCGUCUUUGAUCACUUCAUUUUGCUGAGGGCCUCAACCUGCCUUCAAUUUCUUAGCAACCAGUUAUAGUAAAAUUGUUCCAGAUAUUGCAUUAAGAAUAAUUUGAAUUAGUUUGGCAUCUUUUAAACCACAUUCUAGGGCAGUUGUGUAUUGUUACUGAUUGUAGCAUUGUGGGAAGCUGACCUUGGGAGCAGUGGUAUUGUGCAAUUAUGCUCAUUUGCCUUUAAGGGGGGAAAGGCUCUGCAGGAAGGAAAGAUCUGGAUUUUUUUCUUAUUUUUCUUUCGUAUUUAUGUGGAUAAGAUAGACAAGAAAAGGAAAGGUAUCACAUUUCAAAUCAGUUGCUGGAAGAUGAUCAAGAAAAAGCAAAUCUUUGCCAAUAUCAAAUUUUUAGAGCUAUCAGUUUCUGAAGAUAAACUUUAAUUUAUUUUUAUUUUAUUUUAGAACUAUUGGCAGGUUGCUAUUGAGACAGCUUUAUGAACUGUAAAUUUAGGUAUAAUUUGAAAUCUGUUAUAUGUACACCUAUUUUUAUACUGAAUAAAUGCUGGAACAAAAAAUGAUGUAAAUAUUCAUUAGUCCUGACAUAAUUUCUAAGUUGUAUAUUGGAACUAAUUUAAGAAAUAAAGUAGGAAUUCAAUAUUG